AUGGCAAGCAACAACGAUCUUUCCGAUACCGACGACUCAGAUAGCUCCCAAAUCUCCAAGAAAGUCUCCAUGAAGGUUCAGCCUGUCCGAGGUGACAUCCCGAUGGAUAAGAGAGGGGAUCCAAGGAAGCCGACCACUGGGCCUCCAUGUGAUGACUGGCCUCGGAUUAUCCACCAGGUCAAUGAAGAAUACUAUGCUCGGGCGUCAGAGUUCUGGAGUGAAGAGGGUAAAAACCCUCGCCUAUUCCACCAGAAAACCUUUCUCGAUGGCCUAAAGUAUCUUUACCAACGCCCAUCGUUCAAGCGCGAUUGCAAUGCACACCCCUUGGCUAGGGAGUAUCAGAGAACGAAUUCGUUCGUCUACAUCAUACUCUUCAUGUUCGUGUUUCCUGAGCAGUCUAUGAAGAAGAAGAAGCACAUUUCCGAUGCACUUAAACACUACCCUAACUGGCAUCCCGACGUGAGCGAUUACGCUACAAUGGUUCCGUCGGCGGAGCACCAGAAGAACCCUGAAAACCACGAACAAACUGGAUCUGCGGAAUUGACUUCAAAGGGCAUCGAGGAAUUGGUAGAUCAAGCAUGUGAUGAGUGGCUGGAGAGAAAGGGCCACGCUUUCGUCAACGCACUCGAAGGUUUCAAAUGUGUCCCUCUUGACUACGAAGAGCAAUGCCCGACUCACAAAGAGGUUCACCAAAUAGUCGAGCGGCAAGUGGACAAGGUUGUGGAUCGGAAGAUUGAUGAACGCUUGGACAAGUUCUUCACACAGCAUACUGAUGUAUCCGUGUCUGGUUCUCGAUUGAAAGAUUUCGGCCAGCAACUCGGCAUCCUGGUUGACAACUUCAAGCAGCUGAGAAUCAACCACUUGUCUAAGUUCCCAAGAAUUACCCAUGCGAGGCUCCCCGCUUCUCUUGAAUCAGUCACCACCCAACCUGCUGGUAGACCUGUUCCUGAAACUAUCUAUGAAUCAACCGAUACUGGGAAGGGAAAAUGA